AUGGAAGUUACUCCAGGAGACAAAACCUUCCUAUGGAGAGCCUAUCAGGAGGCACUUCCCACUCAGUCCAACUUGUUUAAGAAGAAAAUUGUGAGUGAUCCUAUAUGCUCAAUUUGCAAUAGAGAAGAGGAAAGCGUGCAACAUGUUCUGUGGAGCUGUGAAGUAGCUAAGGAUGUGUGGAGUCAAUGCUCCAAAAAGCUACAGAAAUGCUCCAUUUCUAGCUACUCUAUGAUACAACUAUUUGAUACAUUGACUAAGGCAUUGAAUCCAGAGGAACUUCAAGAUGCAAUAACCAAGCCUCCCCCAGUGGUCUCUUGGCAAGCACCUCCAGUGGACUGGUUCAAGAUUAAUUGGGAUGGGGCAGCAGACAAAGCCAAGGGACUGAUUGGUAUAGGAGUGGUUAUAAGGGACAGUUCUGGGCAGGUUAUUACAACAAUGAGGCAGAGGAUAAAGCUCUACCCUAACCCCUUAUUAGCUGAAUCAUAUGGGGCUCUACAAGCUGUUAAAGUGGCAUGA